UAAUAGUGGCAGAGCAGGAAGCAGGUUGCGUGGGUUUAGGGUUUAGGAAAGCUCAUCUCUUUCAGUCUUUCUGCGUAAAUUGGGAAGAAGAACCCAAUAAUAAACACCAAAAAGCAAAAGCUUGAUCUCCGGCGCCGAAUAAAUUUCAGUUCAUCUCUCUCGCUCUCUCUACCUCCGAUUUAAAUAAAUGGUUGCACCAUGAUUUUUUGCAGCUUUCUCUUUUAUAGAAACCUUAAACAUACCCGCAAAUUAGUUGACAUUUCUCGGAAUAAUCAUCGAUUUAUUUCGGCGAAUCAGAACACUGCUAAUUUCAAUGCUAAAGCUCCUUACUUUUCGAGAUACUACUGUUCUGAAUGGACUGAAGAUGUAGAAUAUCUAGAUGAAUCAGGGAGUGUUAUUUACUCAGGGAAAGGAAUAAGGUCGGUUGAGCCAGGGGUUGAUGAUCAUGUAAUGGUGGGUGGGUUGAAGAAGCCUAUUUUGAAUGCUUCAGCAGUGGCAAAGCUUGUUGAGAUUGUGAAGAGGUGGAAGUGGGGCCCUGAUAUGGAGACUCAAUUGGAUAAGCUUCAGUUUAUACCAAAUAUGACUCACAUUAUGCAAGCGUUGAAAGUUAUGGAAGAUAGUGAUGCUUCGUUAAGUUUAUUUCGGUGGGCAAAGAGACAACCUUGGUAUAAGCCAAAUGAUGCUUGCUACAUUACCCUGUUUGAUAAAUUGAACCAAAGCAGAGAUUUUGAUGGAAUUCAAUCGGUUUUUGAUGAUAUGGUCCUUGAUUCUGGCGAAAAUGGGGCAUCUCUGUUUAAUGCGUAUAAUCGAGUCAUCCAAUACCUAGCCAAGGCAGAGAAAUUUGAGGUGGCUUUCUGCUGUUUUAAGAAAAUUCAAGAGUCUGGUUGCAUAGUUGAUACCCAGACCUAUAACUCCCUUAUCACCGUGUUCCUAAACAACGGUUUGCCAUAUAAGGCAUUUGAGAUAUAUGAGAGUAUGGAAAAAGCUGGGUGCUCAUUAGAUGCAUCGAGUUAUGAGUUAAUGAUCCCAAACCUUGCAAAGUCAGGACGCCUCGAUGCAGCAUUCAAACUCUUCCAGCAGAUGAAGGUGAAUAACUUUCGUCCAGGUUUUGGGAUCUUUGCCUCCCUCGUUGAUUCGAUGGGUAAAGCCGGGAGGUUGGACACAUCAAUGAAGGUAUAUACUGAAAUGCAGGGCUUCGGGCUCAGACCAUCUGCUACUAUGUUCGUAUCCUUGAUCGAGUCUUUUGUGAAGGCUGGAAAAUUAGAGACUGCUCUAAGGCUGUGGGAUGAAAUGAAGAAAGCAGGGUUUAGACCUAACUAUGGGCUAUACACCAUGAUUGUUGAGUCCCAUGCGAAAUCUGGAAAGCUUGAUAUUGCAAUGUCUGUCUUCUCGGAUAUGGAAAAGGCAGGAUUUUUGCCCACUCCUUCCACCUAUUCUUCUCUGCUGGAGAUGCAUGCUGCUUCCGGUCAUGUAGAUGCGGCUAUGAAGCUUUAUAACUCGAUGACUAAUGCAGGUCUGAGACCAGGAUUGAGUACUUAUACGGCCUUGCUAACUCUUCUUGCCAAAAAGAAGCUUUUGGAUGUUUCUGCAAAGAUUUUACUGGAAAUGAAGGCCAUGGGAUAUUCAGUUGAUGUGAAUGCUAGUGAUGUUCUAAUGGUUUACAUUAAGGACGGUUCUGUUGAUCUUGCUUUAAGGUGGCUACGAUUUAUGGGUUCAUCAGGAAUCAGGACGAAUAAUUUCAUAAUACGGCAGCUCUUUGAAUCGUGCAUGAAGAGCGGAUUGUACGACUCAGCCAAACCUCUCCUUGAAACAUAUGUGAACUCUGCUGCCAAGGUUGACCUCAUUCUUUACACUUCAAUUCUUGCCCAUUUAGUAAGAUGCCAAGAUGAGAACGAUGAGAGGCAUUUAAUGUCGAUCUUGAGUGCUACGAAACAUAAGGCUCACGCUUUCAUGUGUGGGCUCUUUACUGGGCCAGAGCAGAGGAAACAGCCAGUUUUAUCUUUUGUGAGGGAAUUCUUCCAAGGUAUUGAUUAUGAGCUAGAAGAAGGAGCUUCUAGGUACUUUGUUAAUGUUCUCCUUAACUAUCUUGUCCUCAUGGGACAAAUAAAUCGUGCUCGUUGUGUAUGGAAAGUUGCCUAUGAAAACAAGCUUUUCCCCAAGGCUAUAGUGUUUGAUCAACAUAUUGCGUGGUCCCUUGAUGUUAGAAACUUGUCGGUGGGAGCAGCUCUCGUGGCAGUGGUACAUACACUUCAUAGGUUUAGGAAACGGAUGUUGUAUUAUGGUGUUGUCCCUAGGAGGAUCAAGUUGGUCACUGGACCAACUUUGAAAAUUGUGGUGGCACAGAUGUUAAGCUCAGUGGAAUCACCCUUCGAGGUCAGUAAGGUUGUUUUGAGGGCUCCAGGAGAUGCUGUCUUGGAGUGGUUUAAGAAACCAAUUGUUCAGCAAUUUCUUUUGAAUGAGAUUCCAUCAAGGGCUGACAUUUUAAUGCAUAAACUCAACAUACUUUUUCCAACAUCUGCACCUGAAAUUAGGUCUUUGUCCCCUCCUAAGCCUCUUGUUACUGGAAAAGCAAUAUAGUUAUUUCCUACGUUUAAAAUGGCUUAUAUAGUUCAUACUAGAGAUUUGGUUUCACUUGUUCUAGUGCGCAAAGACGUGCAGAAGAUACUAUUUCUAUGUAUCAAGAUGCUAAUGUGUUUGGGUGGAUUGAAAUUAGAUCUGAAUCCGUUAUAAAGGAUAUAUAGUUGCUUGCAUACGAAAUACAUGCUGGAUAUGUGUACAGAUGCGUGUACCUUUUAUUCUUAAUCUGAAACUUAAUGGUAGUGUUUAUUCCUAACUUCCUCCACCUGAUUUAACUGGUCAACCUGUUUACUCAUGAACCGACGCUGAGUGCCUUUUGACAAAAGUUCAGUACUCUCAUCAAACAGUAGAAUCAAAGCUAAUACAGGUGAGUUCCUUCCUAGUCUGAUUUCUGAGUGUAAAUGAAAAGAAUGUCAAAGCUGAUGUGUGCAUAAGCUGGCCUGGAGAACACCGUUACUGGAAAAAAGAAUGUCAAGAUAAGCUGAGGUGUGCGCAAGACAACCAUUUCUGAAAAUACAUGAUGUUUCAUAUAAUUUGCUCUAGGCAUUUUUCUACCUGCUGAAUCUUUUUUUAUUAAGUACAGCUGAUUCCGAAUAUGAAUUUACUGAGUCCGAUGACGAUGAAUUGAUCCAGUGUUCCUGUUGUAGCCAACUUGUACAUCCUGACAUGUUUAAUUCCACCUGUUACAGAGUCAGUUUCUGCAGAUUGGUGUUGCCAUUCUUGCAAGGAAAAGACUAGAUGAAUAUAUCCAACCAAGACAUGCCUAUGUUGCCGAACUUUUGAAAAGGUAUGAAGGAGCUGUUGAGAGAAGGUCCAAAAUUUUGGAUAUAAUUCGUUCUUUGGAUCUUCCAAACAAUCCGUUGGAUGAUAUUAUCGAUCAGGUUCUUUCCUUUUCUUGCCUAAUCACCUCUCCCCACCUCUUCUAGGUAGACCGUAGAAGAGGUGGGGAGAGGUGAUUAGGUAAGACAUGGCGUAGCUUCAACUGACCGAGGACAUGACCCUCGAUAGGAAUGCAUGGAGGUCGAGGAUUUGGCUAGUAGAGUAGGUAGUCUAGAGUGUUCUUUACAGUAGUAUCGGCACGCGGCUCGCUUUCUGUUGGUAGUAGUUUUUUAUUGACUAACCGUUGUUUUCUUUCAUUGUGAUCACCUUACUGUCUUGUUGUCUUUAUUCUGCAUUUUAUAUGGCUUUUGGGUUGUCCCUUCUUGUCUAUAUUUUCA